CACGCACUUCGAGGCACCACUCGGCAUCGGAAGGACGAUCCCUCCGCCUCUCUCUUUCUCUCUCUCACACGAUCUAGCGUCGCUUCUGUUAGGUCUACAAUCUCUUGCCACACCCGCGGGGAACGAACAGCACAAUUCGUUUCGGACCGUACCCUCACAUGGUUGCAAUCUGUGAUGCUUAAAGUGCACCAUCGUUCCAUGCUGAUGGUGUAUCGGAUUCUCGGCGCUCCCUUGAGGUUUCAGCUCGCUCUGGCAGCUGGGGCUUUUGCUUCUUCUUCUUCUUCUUCUUCCUCCUCCUCUACUCUCUCUCGCAACGUCAUUUCGGUCCUCUUAAGAACGCUUCUGUUUUCUCGUUGUGGGUCUAGAAAGGUUUUGGGUCGUCAAUCUCUCUAAGCUUUUGGCACUGAAGCUCUUGUGUGAAGUGUGUCUUCUUUCACUUGGUCGUUAUUCGGUGGUUGAAUCAAAAGUUGACCUGAGCUCUGCUCCAUUUAGAUGUUGUGGUGCAAAUCAGUAAAAGAAAAGACACCAAAAGGGUCUUGUUCUUCAGAUUGCUGAAAGCCUAGGCGGACUUCUGUUUUGUAGAAUUCAUGCUCUUGUGCCUUCAGAGAAGGUACUUUCAUGGCCGAUUUUUGUUCUAGUUCGAGGUUGUGCAGUCGUCCUCCUAGUCAUCGUUUUCCUUGUCUCAUCUGGCACCUAGAAGGAGAAGCAUUUCGCAGAAUGCGCACAUCAUUCUGUUUAAUUAGAUCGCAUACCUUCGGAAUUGUUUUGAGCAAAGUUUUUUUGAGCGGCGGUGCUCUCACUCAUAAACCAUAGUUAAGCCUCAACUAUUGUUAGCACAUGGUUGAUGCGGUUCAGCAAAUUUUCAUAGAGCGUUUGCUGUCGGCAUGAAAUGUAGCCUUAGUGAUUGGAAAAUUGAAAACCGCUGGGGUAAUCAGAGCGAUGGAAGUGCAUGCUUUGUUGGUUGGCAGUGCUGCCGCACAUGCCAAGCGAAAGUGGAAUUCCGGCCUGUUGCCUUCGCCAGUGAAGAAAGAGAAAAUUGAUCACUUAGGGUUGUUUGACGCACAACCGAAUGGUGUUGAAGGAGCUUGUAUGCACUGCUUGGCUCCGACCUCUCACAAUCUGUGCGAUGUGUGUAUAAUAUCAACAUUGCCUUACGAGAAUCAAGGCCAACUCGAUCCGUCCCCCUUUCACCUCAAUCUGAAACACACCAACGUCGCUGCUCAGGACAUGAGAUUCCAUCGACCCGCUUCUGACGUCAGGACUCAUCCUGCUCAGAAUUCGUCCUCUCUCUCGACAGGAAUCCUUUCUCGCCACCCGGCUCAGUUCAGCAAUCCAGACCCGAUCCAGAAUGACUUUUCUCACAUGAAGCAAUCUGCGAACAUGCCAGUGCAGAGCGACGUUGGGAACCCAGUUCAUCAGUCCAGCCGGACAGUUAGGAUCUCAUCGUCAGAGGCCAUGGAGGACAAUGUGGUUGCAAGUCACGACUACGGCAUUGGUGCGGUUGUGGGACAGCACAACCUCUUCGGGAAUCCCGAACCCUUGAGACAACUAUCGGGGUUCCCUUCACAGGAAAUGACUACAAAGUUUCCGGUUCUGCCCAAUCCACGGCAACAGCAGCCACUCUCUGUCAAUUCAUCUUUUUCUGUCGGCAGUGUGUCGGCCGGGGCAGCACACACCGAUUUUUUCUUGGACAGUUCAAUGACUUCUGGACACGACAUGCCAAAUAUUCCACAAGCGACCCCAUAUAGCGUUCAGAUUCAUAGAAUUCACCCGACUGUCCAGGUGGUCUCCCCAGAGUCUGAACACGCAAGUCUGGGUUCGCGGAGGCUUGAAGGAACUGCAUUUCAUACUCUGCAGCACCCACAAUUCUACGCUACCACUAAAACUGACGGAGAGAGGUACGCUGAAAUGGAACGUCAGUGCUUGUCGAACAACAUCGCCGACAAGGUCAUGAUUAAUCAACACUCACCAAGACCUGUUACAAAGUCAGCCUACCGCGGCGUCAGAAAGAGGCCGUGGGGACGCUGGUCAGCUGAGAUUCGUGACCGAAUUGGGAAAUGCAGGCAUUGGCUAGGGACGUUUGACACAGCUGAAGAUGCGGCAAGGGCGUAUGACGCCGCUGCGAGGAGAUUACGUGGGGCAAAGGCACGUACCAAUUUCGAGUUGCCAUCUUCCUGCUCAUCGCCUCCUUCUGACUCCCCUACUUUGCCACCAGGAGAAAACAGCCCCACCAGUAAUUCCAGUCUGUCUCUCAAGCAAGCAUCAUAUCUCUCUCGUUCCAUCGCAGACCACUCCGGUCAACUUCGACGUACUCCUAAUGAAGAAUCGAAUAGCCAUGCUCAGGCGGCGGAAGCGCAAAGCACGCAAGAAUGUUGCCGUCAACAACCAAUUUCUCCCAGCAAGACAGCCGCCGUGGAUCAGGCCCCAAAUGGAACGCUGAAGUUGGAUCUCACGCUUGGAAAUUGCAGCUCGAGGUCAUGCUCCAGCUCAGACCGAAUUCAGCAAUCGCCCUGCAACUCUUCCGAGACUGGGAUCUAUCUCCCUACCCGGCACUUCCCAACCCCAAGAUUCGCAACGCUAGGUUCGCAUCGCAUAGCUCUCAACGCUUGGCAUAGUUGUGCUACUCACGCCCACAAGUGAGAAUCUUCACUCCAGCAAUUUCUGCUAUCUCACGCACUUGCUGCUUUGUAAGCUGCGCAUCAGACCUGUAGCAUACAUAGACAAGCGGUCAAGUCUAGAGAUCUGUUUGUGGGGUGACAUAUCACCCGGCGAGCUCAACAAUGAGCAAAGUCUUCGAGCACGUCGCCUGCCAGACCCAGCGCAGCACCACGCUCACGGCAAGCAACUGUAGCAUGUAAUAGACCCAAAGCUCUCCUCGAGUUGUACAGACCGAUGUGUAUAUGAUUUCCGAGCUCCAAGAGCAAUGCCGAGAUUUCUAUCUUAGUUUCAUUGCAUUUGAAUGAUUUUCCAGUUACCCACGUUGCAUAGCAUCGCAAUCCUUUUGCCUCUAGCACUAAUCAACAAAAUCCUGGUACUUUUAAUACUUUGGCCGCUGAUGUUGAAGGUUUCUUUCGGUGUGGCCUCGCAAACCAAGGGUCUGGAGGUCUGCGGCAGUCGAUGCAAAUGACGUCGGUUGUGAUCACAUGUUAGCGCAGAACGAGUCGGACUCUCGGUCUACUUCGUCACCGACUUGUUUGUGGUGUUUGCAGAUGCUGCCAGGCGGUUCAUCGGUGAUCUGUCGGUGUCAAGGAUUUUGUGGUUUCUGUAGCAAAACAAGCUCAGGUAUCUGGUGUAGAACGACCUUAAAUUACCAAAAGGUUAGGAAGUUGGCAUUUGAUCAGCAAUGGUCUUAUACUGUCAAAGGUUGACAAAUUGGCAAAUAUUUGGUCAGUAAUGACUUUAAACUUCUAAAGGUAGGUAAUGAGGGGGUGGGUGUUAAAAUCCCAAUUGUGAAAUCCUUUGCCUUGCUUGAUGAUUGCUAGCACAAAGAUAAGAACAUUUUGGUGUUUUAAAAGAAAAUAAAAUAAAAGAAAGUAGGUAUGGAUUU